AUGUCCACGAAUACACUCUUAGACCACCUUGUUCCACGUUAUCCAACCGCGAUUAUUAAAGAGGAUAAAGAGUAUAAGGAAAAUUUGGUAGAGUGGGAAAAGUUAAUAGAUCAAUUAAAAGAGCGAUUGAGAGAGGCAACAGAUGAGGGAAAACCUAAACAUAUUGCACUUCAUAAAAAGCGCGGACAACUCUCAGCUCGCGAGCGUAUAGAUCUGCUCCUUGAUGAAGAUUCACCUUUUCUUGAGCUUUGUGCUUUAGCUGGUUACGAUCAGGAUGAUAUGACAUUAGGUGGAUCCGUCGUAAGCGGCAUUGGACUUAUAAACGGCGUGAUCUGUGGUGUUUCUGCCAACGUACCAACUAUGGCUGGUGGCGCAUCUAAUGAAACCUCAGUGCUAAAAACCGGGCGUCUUCAUCAAAUCGUUAUGCAAAACAGACUGCCUACAGUAACCUUGACGCAAACUGCGGGAGCUAAUCUACAACAACAAUUUCGUGUUUUCCAUAGAGGUGGCGCCGGUUUUCGUAACCUCGCCUUGCAAUCAAAGGCUGGGAUCCCUUCUUGUUGUGUAGUGUUUGGUAGCUCUACUGCUGGUGGUGCGUAUAUUCCUGGUAUGAGUGACUAUGUGAUCAUGGUUCAGAAACAAGCACAAGUCUUUUUAGGUGGACCACCCUUAGUGCAGAUGGCCACUGGCGAAGUAGUUGAUGCUGAAAGUCUUGGAGGAGCAGAUAUGCACUCCCGCGUAUCCGGUCUAAGUGAUCAACUGGCCGUAGAUGAAUACGAUGCUAUCAGAAAAGCUCGUGACUGGAUAGCUAACUUGAACUGGGAGCAGAAAGGCAAGUUACCUCCUAGACAUUUGGCAGGUCAAUAUGAAGAACCUUACUACUCUGCAGAGGAACUUCUUGGUAUUGUUUCUGCAAACAUUCGUAUUCCCUUUGAUGCUACUGAGGUCAUCAUACGACUCGUUGACGGCUCUCGAUUUACUCCAUUCAAGCCCAAUUAUGGUGAAAAUUUGGUCUGUGGAUGGGCCUUUAUUCAUGGAAUCCCUGUUGGUUUCCUUGCCAAUAACAAUGUCAUAUUCAAUCAAGAGGCAAACAAAGCUACACAGUUUAUUCAAUUAUGUAACACCAAAAACACACCGAUUGUAUUCCUACAAAACAUCACAGGGUUCAUGGUUGGAAAGAAGUAUGAAGAAGAGGGCAUUAUUAAGGCCGGAGCCCGUUUUAUUAAUGCAAUCAGUAACUCCAAAGUACCACAUAUCACCAUCAUGAUGGGCGCUAGUUAUGGUGCUGGUAACUAUGCCAUGUGUGGUAGAGCCUACGAACCACGAUUUUUAUUUUCAUGGCCAAACUCGAAAUGCUCUGUUAUGGGCGCUGAACAGUUAACGGGUGUACUAGACCUUGUCGCUAGACAGAGUGCAGCAAGAUCCAAGAAGAAAAUUGAUGAGGAGUUACUCGGUCAACGUAAAGCUUUGUUUCAAGCCUCUGUUGAAGGAGAAUCGGAUGUAUACUACACCUCAUCUCGCCUUUUAGAUGACGGUAUUAUUGACCCUAGAGACACUCGUCAUGUGAUCGGAUUUUGUCUUUCUGUGAUCUAUAAUAAUACCGUAGAAGGUGGAAACCUUUAUGGUAUUAGUCGUAUGUAA